ACAUUCAUCGCCAAUUCGCUCCUUUUAUUUCUCCUGCGUGCGUUACCGGUCAAUUUUUUUAGUUUUGUUGCUUCAUCUCGUGAACCGAGUGAUUUCGGUGAAGAAAAAUUGGGGAUUUCUGCAGAGGUGCCGUAGUUUUGUAAAUGGUUCAUCAUAAAAAAUGGUUGUUAGAAGGACAUUCUUCAUUUCAUGUUGGAUAUAUGUUGCACAAUGUUCAACUUUUUCAUUUCGUAAAGUUCAAUUUUUACCAGCCACUUCAUUUACUAGAAGAGAAGACCAUUUCAUAAGCUCUAGUAAAUUUGUGCCAUCACAUAACUUCGAAGACUUUGGAUCAUCCCAUAAUUUUGGUUCCUCGGACUUUUCGAAUUACAAACCGUCUGGAUUUGGAAUCUGGAACUCCAACCAAGAAAAUUCCUUUUCAUCCUUUAAAUUCGAAUCGAAUGCUGUUCACCACAUCACACCGGAUUUCAGCGAUGGAUUAUCUUAUCCAGAUCCACUUCUUUUAACAGGACAACGGGCCAAAAAUGCUGCUUCGUAUUUGUACAAGAAAGAGCUGUUCUUUCACGAAAUUCCACAUGUGAAUUCGCUUCUCCAAUAUCAGGAUGUCAGAAAAAGAAAUGGAUUGGUUCCCGUUAAAUUGGGAUCAUUAAGAUUGGCAUCGCCUUGGAAUAGGUUUAAGGAGCAUUUAUCAAAUCAUUUUUAUGUAUAAAUAUGUAGUAUAAGUAUUUUUAGAUAUAUUUUGCCCUAUUUAUUAUAAAUAUUGUUAAUUUUUGUAACAUAAACAUAUAUGUACUGAAUAUCGAAUAUAGGAAACCUUCUAUAGACUCCUUACUUCUUAUUUAUAAUGUUAAUCUACACUCAGAUGCAAA